AUGCCAGAGAAACCCAAAUACAAGCUUUCAAAAGAGCAAAUUGACCACUUCAUGAAAUAUGGGUACGUGCAGCUACCGGACUGUUUCUCAAAAGAGAAAGGAGCCAAAUGGGCAGGUGAUGUGUGGACUAGACUCGGUGCAUCACCAACGGACAAGUCAACAUGGACAACCGAAAUUACCUACAUGGAGGAUACCAAGGAAGAACCCGUCAGGACGUUCGCCCCCAAGGCAUGGGCGGCCAUUUGCGAGCUUCUCGGGGGCGAAGACCGCGUAGCCCCGGAAUCGGCUACUUGGAACGACGCCUUGAUCAUCAAUCUAGGCUCCCCGGAGUCCGAAGGCACAUGGCCCCAUCCCGCUGAUCUGCCCGGGUGGCAUGUGGAUGGCGACUUCUUUACCCAUUUUCUUGAUUCGCCUGAACAGGCCCUGCUCGUUAUACCCCUAUUUACCAACAUCCAGGAUCGUGCAGGUGGCACCAUGAUCUGCCCUGAGGCGACAAAAUAUGUUGCCCAGCAUCUGUACAACCAUCCGGAGGGUGUGACACCGUAUAUGUAUCCCCGUGGCAAAGACCCUGCUGGGAACCCUGCGGAUACGCCGUUUUACUCAGAGAUUGUUAAGAAUUGCAGCGACUUUCACCAGAUGACUGGCAAAGUGGGCGAUGUGAUUCUUCUCCAUCCUUUGAUGUGCCACUCGAUUUCUGUCAACAGUUUGAGACAUCCACGUGUGAUAACCAACCCACCAGUAGCAUUAAAACAGCCCUUCAAGUUUGACCGGAAGGAUUCAUCCAAAUACAGUCUCGUUGAGAAGAAGACGCUAGAGAUGCUUGGCAAAGAUCGACUAUCUGGCUGGAAAAUCAAGGGGAAGCGCGAGUUCGUCGUUCCGGAGAGGCUCAAGGAUAAAAGAGGAUCGAGCGAGAGCUAG